UAAUGGGUGAGAUUGUCCCUAAUCAACUCUUCGUCGCUGGAUACAGUCGCAACAAAGUGACUGAUGAAAGGGAUGUGAAAGAAAUUUUUAGAAAAUAUAGCUCAGUCAAAGAAGUCGCUUACAAAGGCUCAUAUUCUUUCGUUGUAAUAUAUCCAUCUUAUUAGACUUUUAAUAACGAGACUGAAGCUUAAGAAGCACUUAAAGAGACUAAUGGAAUGUCUUAUAAAGGUCAGAAACUCAAGGUGGAUAUUGUGGACAAAGGAAAAAGUCGUAAAACUGGACCUUCUGAUAGUGAUUUGUGUUUCAAAUGCAAUAAAGGUGGGCAUUGGUAUAAAUAUUAAUUAAUAUUUUACAGGGCUAGAAAUUGUCCAAAUAGCAGAUCACCUCGUAGAAGUAGAAGAUAUUCCAAUUCUAGAUCUAGGUAGGUUAUUUAUCUAAUUAUAUUCUAGACAUCAUAGAAGGAGAUCUGAUUCUCGUUCGUAUUCUUCAUACUCCUCUUCAAGAUCUAGAAGAAAAAAUAGAUACUAUAGGAAUAAACAUAGAGAUAGUAGAAGUCCAAAAAGACAAGAUAAGCCCAAAAAGAGAAGCAUAAGCAGAAAAAGAUCACCCUCUAAUUCUUAAUCAUCAAAACGAGCUAAUUCAGACUCAAAGUCUUGAA